GUAUCAAAUCAAAUAAUAUUAAACUGCAAGAAACGAGUACCAUAUUAUACAAUUAACUAAUUGCGAAUAUAUUUAUAUAUCUUCUCCCCAGAAUAUCACUACCAACUUUACUCGACACAAUUUGCAAGCGCCUCCGAUCCAUCUACAAGCUCCUUGCCAAUAAGAUCUGAAGAAACUGACCGACCUGAAGGGUUAAGGGGCGGUUGUUGUCGAUAGAGGCCGUUGUAUGCAUAUGUUUGUUAUACCGCUGGGGAUUAGUAAGAUUAACGUUGAUUUGCUGAAAAUUUGGUGGUUAUGGUGGAGAUUUAAGGUUUCUGGUUGUUUGGAUUUAUAGUGUUGUGAAUUCGUUUUAUUGUAUGUGAAAGUUGGUUUAUGCUAUUUAGCUGAUUUAGGGAGAGAAGUAAAGGUUAGCUGAAGUAUUGAAGUAAUUAGAAUGGAGACUUUAGUUGCUGCUCAUCAUAGGAACCAGAAUCAUAAUCAGUAUUAUGGUAGGAAACGAGGACGUGGAUCAACGAAAUUUGGUUCAUGUGGAUCUGCGCCGGCCAAGAACUUUUGGGGAAAUAGUUGUAGGACAUACGAAUCUGCAGCUGGUUUAAUCCCUACACCUUUGAAAUCUGCCUCUACACCUGUUUCUAAGAAAAGCUUCUAUGCUUCUCGCUCGUCCAGAACCUCGCCAUCAUCUGUUAAUAACAGUAGAAAAUGCUCGGAGCAAAAUGCCAGGAGAAUUGCUGGCCCUAUCCCAAUAAAAUUGGACUUUGAGAAGGAGGGGAAGUUGCAUUUCUCUGAGAGCUGGGCUGGGACUGCUUGCUCAAUUUCUCCUCCUCCAAGUUCUUUGCCCUUGCCUGUGUUUGCUCUUCGGCCAAGGAGGACAGUUUCACUUGAUUUGCCUAAAAUGGUUGCUGAAAUUGAUCUACCCCCCAUUGCGAAAUCUGCUCCUACUUCCCCAGCAAGGGGGUGCAGUCCUUCAGCAAGUGGUCUAUUUGACAGCAUUGAAUAUGCAACUACGAUGCUGCGGCGAAUCCUUAAUCUUGAAGUUAUUGACGAGUGAAGGAGUACUUGGUCCCAUGUAAAUAUGGAAGUCUAUAGGCUGAAUGUGUACAUAACAAAUAAGGUCUGUUGAAUAAUGUUUGUGUGUUUGUUUAAGGAUCUUAAAGGAGGUUGGACAAUGUGAUGGAUCUGAGUGUGGUUUGGUUGCUUGAGGUAGAAUUUGCAGGAGGAAGGUUUAUACAGUAAGGAUUACUGAACAGACUGAUCAGAUUAUUAUAUUCACCCUUCAGACAGAUGAAUUGUCAUUGAAUUCUCUCUGCAGUUAUAUAUUCUCAUCAUGGGUUUCUAGUCUUGUAUAUAUUGGAGUCUUAAUUUGAUUGUUAGUUUGCAUAUCUCCACAACCGAUGCUAUAGCCAUUUAACUUAGACCUGGACCUUAUUUUCUUUCACUUUCUUGAACUCAAACAAGGGAUCAAUUUUCUGAUUCCUGCACAACCAUUUCUUCCCCCUCUCCCUCCAUCCCUUUCCCUCUUGUUUUCUUCAGUAAAUGGACCAACGUUGAUACUAUCCAUUAGCCAUUUUUCUGUUUUUUGAUAAGAAAAAUGGUAUGGGUUAUGUAGGAAACUAUUAUCCUUUUGCUCUCAGUAAGUUCUUUUGUGUCCCCCCCCCCCCCCCCCCUCUUGUUGUGGAACUCUUACGAAAUCCUCCUGCUCUUUCCUUGUUUGAAGACUCUAGUUUGUCUUUGUCUAUUCUAAUUAGAAAUACCUUCAUUCAUCUCACUUUGAUGUGUCUUGAAUACCUUGUUUUUCCUGCUCUAAAGUGUAUCUUAUCACUGAAGAGCUUUGAUAAAUUCCUUGCUCUAUAGUGUAUCUUAUCACCCAAGAGCCUUGAUCAUUCAACGGUUUUUACAGGGACAGCUGUGUGUAGAUGGUAGAAGAGGUUUGACGCAGCCCUGUUCUUGGUGAUGGUGUGCCCUGUAGCAUUCCAUGCCCGACUGUUUCGAUCUUUUAAGUAUAGAGUACCGACUUAGUCUGUCAUGUUUUAUGGUGCUUUGUCAUUGAUGUUUAUCGGUAGCUUUUGUUUAUGCCAGUAUCGUAUAAGACUACAGGUGAAGGUGUGCUUCAACUUAUGUUAGUUAAUUUCAAUUUUCUUCAAUGAUAGCAGUAAAAUAAUAGCAUGGUGCUUCAUAGUUAUGAAGACACUUUUGAUUUUAUAUCACUGGGCAUUGUAUGAAUAUCAUUUGGAGUAUUUCUACUAAAAUGUUGUGAUAUUGAUGCUUUAAUAAUGAUAAAAAAUGGUUACCUAUAUUGUUCAUUGUGAAAAAUACCAUUGAGAUAUUAAACCCUACCCGUUUGUGUUUCUGCCAAGCAACUUGUUUGGAUCUGAUUAUGUAUGAAUUUUUAUAGCUGGUGAAAGAAAGAGCAAAUAGAAUUAUGAUUCAAGGACUCUAACCUACCUAAAGAUAAUGGGAUGUCCUAAUGCUAAUGUGAAAUUAAUAUCAGGAAGAGUCUAGAAUUUGUUUGGAAGUUGACUGAAGAUAGGAAACCAAACAAAAGAACUUCCAAAAUGGUCAAAAGUAGUUGAGCUCCACAAAUUCAUUUCAAAUCUACUUAGCUUUCUUCCCACACUGAAUAAACUUCACUCACUUUAUAACACACAUGCCAUCCCUCAGCUUCAAGAAUUUAAAUUUUGUUCAGUUCAGAGGAAAUCUUCAAAUUCAGUAGAGAAAGAAGGCUAUGGCAACUUCAUCACCAAAUGCUGCCUUAAUCUUGUUUCUUUUACCACUGGCAUUGUCGAUUUUUCAAGCAGGAGCACAGAUCACAACUGCAUGUACAAGUUCAGUGAUCACCAGCUUCACACCAUGCUUGAAUUUUGUCACCGGCAGCAGCGGCAGCGGUUCAUCCCCCACCGAGGAUUGCUGCAGCUCGCUCAAGUCGCUGAUGAGGGACAACAUUGACUGCGCCUGCCUAAUAGUGACCGGAAAUGUUCCUGUCUCGAUCCCAUUUGUGAAUUCCAGCAUGGCGCUUACGCUUCCGAGAGCGUGCAAGAGCUCUGUGCCCUUGCAGUGUAAAGCCACUGGUGUGCCAUUGCCUCCGCCAGGUCCUGUCUUGUUCGGACCAACUUCAGCUCCGGCUCCGGCUCCAGCAGCACAACCUCCGGCUCCUCGGAGUCAUAAUCAUAGUCAUGGUCUGACUCCGACUCCAGCUCCAGCUCCAGUUCCAGCACGUAGAAGACAUGGCCCAAAAGCAUCUAAAACAAUGGCAGCUCCGCCGCCGGUUGAAAGUAGUUCCGGUGCAGCAGCAUUAGCGCCGCCUCCUAAAUUUGCAUUAGGACCAAGUGCAAAUCCAGGAAUCAGACCAGUGUUCAAUCCCCAAUCAUCGUCAUCGUCAUCCUCAUUUCCAUCUCUUUCUGUAACAGUAUUAUUUUGUGCAGGAAUCCUUGCGGCGGCUGCCAACUACUACUGAGAACCCCCCAAACACUUGUAUUUGUCCUUUUCCUUAUUUCGAAUAUAAUGCUUAAUACACAAUUAAUUACUCACACGGGAAUUGAUAGAUACUGCUUAUUACUCAUUACAUAUAUAAACAGACAGUCCUCAAAUCCUGCAACUUGCAAAAGAAAUUCAUAAAAAAAAAAGAAAUGAAAUAUUUUGAUUUAUCUCCAAAAUAACGCCGCCACCGCCGCCGUACGGCCUUCUCUGUACCAAUCCAGUUUUGUACUACCUGCGUUUUGUCGUCUUCUUGUGUAUACAUACAGCCUGUCGGGCUAAUACGCGGCGAUACAUUCUGUCCGUUG